AUGGUCAAAUCCAAGAAGGAAUUGGACUCUCGGCCAGAGCAGAGCGCUGCAAAUAAAGAGAGCAAAAAGGCAACAAAGCCGGACAACAACAUCGCCAAUGAUAAAGGCAGUGACAAGAAGCAGGUGGCCAUUCAACCGCCAUACCGGCAAUGCAUUAGAAGAGCCACUCUUAAAUUCAAUAUGAAUACGGUGGUUAAUAUCAAUGCUCAAGCACUUGGCAUGUCCGGAAGACAUGUCCCCCAUGCCGCUGGCGAACUAACUCUUGUGCAAUCGCAACACGACGUUGGUUACAGUGUGCAGAUUGCUGCAUCGCCAACGGACCAGAGGCGUACUCGCCGUACCAGUCGAGGCAAAGUUAUCUGUCUCGACUUGAUGUUCGAUCCGAGCAGCGACUUUAUACUCUUAUGCAACAUGACCCAAUCAUCCGCCGCGGAGCCGAUUGCCAUCAGACCGCUUCCGCUCUCCAGCCGGAAUGAACCAUUGAAACUUGACCCUCUCGGAAAAGUCCCUCUCAAUUCUUCGUACCGUGUUUCUGCAUGGAAUGAGCAUCUGUUCGAUAUUACCAUCUUCCCACGCGGCUAUGUUUCUGUCGCAGAGCCAGCCAAUCAGACAAUGAGAGUUAAGAAAAGGGCGCUUGAAGCAUCUUCAUCUCAGCUCGACCCGCAGAAUGUUAAGAGGGCAAAAUUACAGGAGACGACUGACGAGUCCAAUGCUACCACCAUCAUCCAAACAACAGCACAGCCACCUCCACCGCCAGCCAACGAGCUGAUUGCCGUCAAGACAAUUUCAAACACGGACAGGCCAGACACGAGCCUCCUGUCAGGUAUAUGUCAUCCGCUGGAACAUCUUCGGCUUGGCGAUACUGUAAAGAUAGCCAGUGCCACUCAAGAAGAAGAUUAUACAAUUACCCGCAAGGAUGAUAUAUCAGUUCAAAGGAACUCGAUUGUUUUCAAAGCACACCACUCGAGUUUUCCAGAUCGGUCAAUAGCAGUCAAAGUAUGGCGAAGCAAGCUGGAUUACGAUCCUAUUUCAAAGCAAGGGGUAAAUAUCUCUGCUGUUGGUAAACAUUGGUUGAAUGAAGUGAGGAAUCAUUUCAAAGUAAACCAACAUCCCGCCAUUGCAACUGUUUUGGGCUUUGACGCAAGAUUGCUGUCGCUAUAUAUGGAGCAUGUAAACGCGCCUAGUUUACAAGGUUAUCGCGAACGUGGAAGAAACCCCUAUUGCACGCUGAACAGUUUGGAUGCAAAAAGGGUGCUCCAUGAUAUCACCGAUGCCCUCAAUUUCAUUCAUAGUAAGGGUAUCACGCAUGAUGACAUAAAGCCAGCGAAUAUCCUCUACUCUAAGCAAAGGGGACCAGUUCUUAUUGAUUUUGGAUGGUCGUCCAAUGGACAUGUACACACUGCAGGAUCGCCAUGGUACAUUCCCCCUGAAUACGCAAACAAUGGUGAGCGUGGAGCCGCGGCUGAUAUCUUUGCUCUCGGAGUCGUCACGCUCUUUGUCUUGGGCAUGAUCCCCCUCCCAGAGUUACAGUCGCCGCCUUUGGUAUGGCAUAUUUCCCGCAUAAGAGGCGGAGGGCCGGAGACUUUUGCGGCAGCAGAAGCGAUGAACCGGUGGUAUAAGAUUGUUCAAGAGGCUGCAAAAGAGUCCACGGUGGAUUUGGACGAUUCUGGUGAUGUGGCUGUUGGGGACAUAGUUGCUAGGAUGGUAGAUGAAGAUGUUGAGAGGCGGAUUAAGGGGCCUCAGAUCAUACGAGCGUUGGAUAGGCACAAGUAG